AUGAAACGAUCAUGGAAACUUAUAAGUAUGAUUUUGGGCUACUCGGUAGACGACGGGAACUUCUUGCUCGUGACCGGAUACGUGGACGACGUCGGCCGCGCUUCAUUCACCAUCUACGCGAUCUCGGGUCUCAACGGAUCCAUUAUCGAUACAAACGUCGCCGAAUGCGUCAUCAACGUUGGAGCCAUCUUCAUCCAGAAGAGAUUCGCCUUCCCCAAUGAACACAUCACGACCUACGAUGACCUGAAAUCCCUGCUCCUCGGCGGUGCUCACGUGACCUUCUUGGGCCUGGCGGAAUUGUGCGAAGGAAACCCGACGACGGGAUUGUCCAAGGCCCAGGGAGGAAGCUACCAUCUUCAGUUCUACGUCGAAAUCAACCCGGCGAACGGACAGGAGGACAUCAUCCUGGAGUACUAUUAUUUGGGGGUAACCAUGGAUGCUUCCACGCCCACUUUCAACGUCGCUCGAAUGAGGGUCUAUCCAGAUGGGUUCGUGAACGUCACCGGGAGUGCCUUCCUCACGACGACCUGGGAAGAUGUAUAUCCCUUCCCACAGGGGUUUCAGUGCACGCUCGACGAUGGCGCCCGUUUCCAGCAUCGGCGACAAGAGGAAUAUGAGACCCAUGUUUCGUUUGCGGAGGCAGAGGCAGCCCUGCUGGCGGGGAAGGAACUUCAAGUUUCCCUCGAUCACACCCAGUGCGAGGGAGCCCCGGAAUUGAUAGCGGCGGUGGGAGUGAGGGUGUUGGAAUGGCAGCAGUACGAUGUCGACAGUGCCGUCGGUCACGAAUUUGCUUUUACUCAAUUCUAUUCCGCCAGUGAGUCCCUCAUACGUGUUGCAACUGUCGGGUGGCAGUCAUUCGGCACGGGAUCGAUGGUCCUCCAGGAAUACGUGAUGAGAGACGACAACGUGUUGAAGAGCAAGGUGAUCGUCUUUAAUCCGGCAACGGAAGAAAUCCUGAGCAACAUGACGUACACCUGUCCGGUGGGAACCGGCGCGAUCGUCUCCUCUCCUGCCAGGCAAAGUCGCCCCCUGGCCACCUACGACGAGUUGUUCGGAGCAGCGAUGGACGGACUUCACUUGGAAGUGCGAAUCGACUUCGAACGGUGCAACGAUCCCACCGGAAGCGGGUCGAAUUUCAACGGGGUCACCGGCGGCGCUUACCUUCGGGAAAUGUUCAUCAACAACCCCGACUCCCCCGAUGCGACCAUCUUCACAUCAGCCUACACCAUGGUGUCCAAUUACAUGACCGACGAAGGUUUCGCCUACAACUCGUUCGACCUGACCCUGAACAGCACGGACGUGGCCUUCGUGGUUCCCGCUCUCUGGUCGGUCGAAAACGGCCAGCUGACGAACCUCCUAGGGGACGGCUUCUUCCUGGAAUGCGCCCUGGGGGAGGGUCUCAUCGUCUACGCCAGUACUCAGGACUGA